AUCGAUACGGGACGACGGCGUAUUCGUUCAUCAUGGCUGUCCUAUUUCACUUCCAAGUGUUUAAGAUUAUUGCUCUUCACUCCGUUGUCUUCGUGCUUUCAGUUGACUACACUUUGUCGGCGGAACAAAUCACAGCUAUGCGGUCCACCAGGCAUACUUCACUAAACGAAUUGGGCCGAGCAGCCUGUGUCAGUUCGCCAAAUAGAUUCGUCAUGUAUAUUCCUCAAGCAACAAGCACCAGUGAAUUUCUCAACCUGCGACCCGGCGCGCGUGACGGCAUGCGUGGGGGACCUACGCAAGAUGUCCAGCGAUCCCAUGAAGGACCUCGAAGUGGCUGAGGACGUCGCUGGACUUGAGCACAAGUGCAGGGAGAUGGAGGAGGCCAAGAGCUGCCUGGAGCGCGAGACCUCGUUUUGCCCGGAAGAGAUACGCAGCAUCUACAUGAACUACCUGCGGCCGGUGACCGCCUCCUUCCAGGACCUCUGCAACGCCGGCGAGACUAGAGACGAGUACCUGAAGUACGCUCCCUGCUUCGGCCGCAUGUCUCGGCGCGACGGGCCCUGCAGCGGCAAAUACGAGAGGCUGAGCAAGCUCAUGAGCUCCGAGAUGGACUUCACCCAGCAGCACAACAGCACGCUGCCCCAGUUCUGCUGCUACUUCUACGCCUUCUACAACUGCUACCGGGCCCAGACGGAGAAGCAAUGUGGCGCGCAGGCGUACCGGCUGUUCGAGCGCUACACGGGCUACCUAAGCAGCAGCCUCUUCACCGGGUCCUGCGAGAAGCACCUGAACCACACCGAGUGCGACGCGGUUGCCUCGUCCACCACCGGCCGGGCACCGGCCCUCGGGGCCUGCGGGCUGCCACUGCUGGCGCUGGCCGCCGCCGCGACGGCGCUGCGCCGGUGGUCGUAGACGGCCGAGCUCGGCACGAUGUUCUUCGCCGAGCAUUUGCUAACGGGGGACUGCCAAGCGGGAUCGGAAGGUGACGCGGAUGCCGAGUGGGCCAAGGCUUACUUUUCGCUGUGGAUCUUUUUUGCUCGAUCUCCUCUCGUAGCAAGGCCGAGUCCAGUCCGCGUUUUGCCGGAUUAACACUCGCUGCAGCGCCGGUCGCCUGCAUGUAUAAGGUAUGACGAACUCCGCCCCCUUCAUGUGCACCACCCUAGGUACGCGUUCAGCACAGAGACUCCUACUGGCUGCGAACCUUUUCCUCGGGGAGCCCGUCACUAUAUGGUGGCUCAUUGCUAGCGUUGACGUAAGCGAAAACGGCCCCGUUAUGAGAGCGUCAAAGAACCGCGCAGGCGGUCGCGGAAUUAAUCUCGAUUAGAGCGAUUCUGGAGCUCGUUUAUUGCUUACGGCCCUAAAAAAGAGACAAAGAACGCGGUUCGAAGCGGCAGUACUUGCAGUGGAUCUCACGUGUGCAUGAGGCGUCAAGGGAACCUCCGAUUUGGCGCGAGUACUAGACGGCAACGGCGAGACAGACGCGGCUCUAGGCUUUGGCAGCAAUUGUGGGGAGUUUAUAAUUUAUGUGGCAAAAACUGUGUCACAACGUUGCUUCAGGAAGGCCCCUCGAGAACGCCAGGGGACUUCCGCUCCUGUCGUUUUCGACGCGCGGCAACUAAAGCGCGGCUAAAGGGGCACACGCCCGAUCACACGAUGCGCGCGUUUUCUUCACUGCCACACGUGAGAGUCUUGUUGGGUUCUCCAAGCGCGUGACAUCAAUAUUAUUCGUUGGUUCAACGUACUUGUUUCACCGCAAAAAAACCCAAUAACGUUCGGCGAAAAACCCUGCUUGUGCCGCUUUAUGCAUUUUCUUAGAUAGCAAACGCACGGCGUACAAGGGAGAAGGGUUAUUGUGCGCGUUCAUUCCCUUGCCGUCCCGUCUAGCUUUCAGUCGGGCGAAUGUCCGGUUCUCAGCUUGUCGGAAUAUUUUUUUCAAAUUUUUGUUGAGACUACGAUGGUGUUGCUUUCUGCGUCGAAUAUAUAAUGAGAGUUGCAAUAUCUCGGACAUGGAUUUGGCUUCGUCCUAUGCACCAAUAGUAGCUAAAAUGUAUCAGGAGAGACGUUUCAUCGUAGGUGUUUGUAGAAAACUUGCACACCUGAGCGAGAAAUACCACAGACAACGGCGCCUUGCACGGGCCGGGACACUAGAACGCAGGUUCGGUAGAAAUCCGGAGGUUUAUUACAUGGACGCGUGCAAACAGGAUAGCAAAACUUUCACUGUGGUAGCCACAAACGCACAAACUACUAUUUCCGCAACAGUCAGAACAGAGUCUGUGGCCACAGCAGAGGCUACUGCAGUGGCUCUGGCUAUACGUGACGCUGAAAAUAGAGCACGUUCUGGGUUAAUACUAACCGACUCGCAGUCGGCAUGUCACCUUUUCAUGGCAGGCACCCUGCCCAAACUCACCAUCAAAAUCCUAGGAAGAAAUGUCACGGAACACCACGCUAUUACGUGGUGUCCGGCGCACGUCGGAGUGAGGGGUAACGAGAGGGCGGACCGCCUCGCUCGAGAAUAUAGCAUCCGAGCGACGGAAUGCACUCUCGUAGAAUCUCCGAUCACAGCAAAAGAUAUCUUGGAGGCACAGAGACGAGGAAGGCAACGGUAUAGUUUUCCAGACACAUCCUUGGACUCAGCGCAAAUGCGGGACUGGCGCCGACUACAAACCCGUACAUACCCCCACCUACUCCUACUACACCACAUACACCCCACCCGGUAUCCCAACACUUGCCCUUGGUGCGGAGGGCGGCCAUCUCUUGACCAUAUCACAUGGUCGUGCCAGAGUCGGCCACAAGAAAUCCAAUCACCCCUUAUGGGGCAAAACUCCAACAGUAGGCAGUGGGAGGUGUGGCUAGCCAGCACGGUGCGGGAGGACCAAUUGGCCCUUCUCGACCAAGCCCGGCGUGCCGCGAUCGCCAGAGUCCAGGGCCCCACCCACUGGACCUGAAUGUGAUUUUUUUUCUAAUAAAAGUUUAUACUACUACUACUACACACCUGAUGAUUGUGAGCAACCAGCCGACUAGGGGUUAAUCGCGUCACAUGUUAGCUUGACACGCGAUUCCUAUGGAGAUUGCAGGACGACCACUUGAGUCUCGCCGUUUUUUUCGCCUCCGUGCUCAGCCUUAUGUCCGUCCUCGGAACGCCUGCGGUUGUGAGCAGGUGCGCUUUCGAGAACUGUUGCGCAGCUUCCCACGCCUCUGGUGGUGGGUGCACACGCUGCGAGAGAGAUCGCUGCACGUUAAGAAAAAAAUAAAAGAGAGAGAGAGGACCUGCUAGACACGACACAUCGCGAGCGUGUCACAUGUACUGAAAGGAGAGCUGCUGUUCGAGCGUAAACGGCAGCCGCUGAAGGCAGCGAGUGACAGUGCCUCAGGCUCAAUUUGUCAUCACGCCAUAAGUCGUUCGUGCCAAUGGCGAUCUGGCAUUUAAAGCUGCUUCAACAAUACUCCUCUGUAUCUGACAAACACUGUCUACCUCCGACGUGAAAGGCGCUUCUUAAUGUGAAUUGACGCGGCGUCGGGCAGCACGCUUCUUUUUGUUUCGAAUGUUGGACCACACAACCUACCCAGCACAUUUCUUUUGCCUGCAUGGAUAAAGCAGCUAUAUAGGAGUCGCCACAUUGUAAAUAAAGUCGCCUUCCUUUGCCCGCUACUUCUAAAACAACUGACGCCGCCGGCACUGAGUGAGUAUAAGCAGCGUCGGCGAACGACAAGGGAAAACAAAAUCACAAUGAUUGCUACCGAACAAGCCGUAAGAUCUCGAUAUUUCUUCUGGUUAUGCAAUGCGAUGGCGGCGCGGUGUUUGGGGUACGGCGUGUCGUACUUGUAUUUCUGGCAAGUGCACCUCCGCUCAGCGUGCCACGUGCAACGAUUCAAUGGCGUGCGAAGCGCGCGAGUUAAUCUCUCGGCAGCCACUUUACACUCGGCAGUACUGGAAAAGCACUGUGCUCCCCUCAUUGGCUGUCGGUCAACAGGCGUCAAUUGACAGCUGAGCCUCUCUCUCGCACUACUUCAAAGGGGCAGGAGUCUGUUAUGACAUCCUUGUUUGUCAGCUCUCAUUCAUGAAGGCCGGAGAAAUUGAAGAACUCCUUUGCCAUGCUAACGUUAAACAGAAUUAUUUUCUUGCUCCAUAGUUUUGCUUUGAGAACCUUGUCUUACUUCAGUGACUGUGGGGUCCGCCUGCGGACAACAAUGUCACAGGUUUGUUUCCUGGCCGAAAAAAAUAACUGAAAACAGGCAAUGCGGCUGGGUGCAAUUCUAAGGCACCGAAACCGGAAGAACCACAGUUGGUUCUUCUCUCCUUGCGAGCAAAGCGUAUAAGGCACUGCUUCACAGCAUUCGUCAAAUGACAGGUGUUUUUCAGACGACACAGCAGUACUUCAAUUUCUCGAAUUCUAACUGGAAAAAUAUUCUUUCCACAGCGCGCGGCGUGACAUAGCGCGCAGUUUCUUUUACUGCCAUGAUCGUCAUUUUCGUCGAAGUUGUCAUUUCGGCUUGUCUCUGUCAUCAGCCUUUUUCAUCAUCAGCCAGGUUCAUUGCGUGCCUCGUUUCAGAUCGGGCCGUCUCUCUGCAGGGCUGCUCCCGAACUCUUUGAGGCCUUGGGGAACUUCACCUGCCUUCACUCCUUUCCCCACUGCUUCUUGUUCCCCACCGAUGUGCUGUUUAUCCACGGCCUCGCGAGGGUUCUUGUGAUGAAGGAAUAUUUCUUGCAAAAGACUACCUAAGUGCGGAAGUGGUGCUUCUAAUUGUUUAAUUCAAGUUCUGAUGUAAAAAUCCACCCAAUGGACUCGGAUUCGUUUUGGCCCCUCACGGAACCCUAAAAUACCGUUCGUGAAAACCCCGGGAUUUGCGGAACCCACUUUGGAAACUCCUGCGCUACACCAUGACAGAUUCGACGUAAUGUACUCCACCAAGAGAGAAGCCUGCAUGCAACCAACUCGUCGAAGCGUCGGCUGUAGUCUGAGGCUUCCCUUGUCAGCCCGUCGGUUGAUUAAGGCAGAGGUUCGGGUUAUCAUGCUGCUAUCCUAAGUAGCGCUUAAAAAGACAGGUACCGACAUAGAAACGACCACAGACGGCGCUGUGUGCUGUCGCCCUUAUGUCCGUUCUUGUCUAUUCAGGAUCGGAUGUUAUCACUUCGACUUCCUGUGACCACAUUGUCUCGCAAUAAACCACGUGUGGCGUUGACUAGACACAGUACGUGGUUGCGCUUAGCAGACAUAAAGAGAGAUGGCCAUUGAGUGCCACACUUGUGCCGGCAAAUAGCGCUGGGCGGCGUGCACGUUGAACAGAUAAGCAGAGGACCGAGCAUAGGCGGCGCACUCCGUGGUCGGAGGUGAACACCCCUAGCGUCGGGUUGUGUCGGUCAUGUUAAAUGAAACGAACGCGUGCCCAAGUGCGGCUGUAUUUUGCGGCACCCUUCACCCCCUCGUGAGUAUAAGUCGGGCGCACUUUUCAUCCCAACUGGGGCGCCAUGUUUUCAUUGUUGAUACUGAAUUGUCGUUGUGUUAUGUUUCCUCAAAGCAUUUCGUGCGAAAUUCGUAUCGGCCAUUGGCAGGCCGCCUUCUUCAACUUUACGAAUGGUUGGAAUUUGCUCCCGCAAACAAUUUUAUACAUUGUAAGAGCUUUUCUGUAUAUACGGGCCGUGAUACUCCGUACUCUGAAACGCUGCCUUGUAAAGGCUACCUUCGCCAUUUAACUUUGCUGGCGAACUCUUGAUGUUCUCACUAGUCGCAACGUUAUACAAAUAAAAUGUUUUUAUGGUAUGAUUUAUACGUGCUUAUCUCAAGGACUGUCGCGACAUUUCACUUGGCACCACCUAGCCUCGAAGAAUAAAUCACACAAUAAGCAGUGAUAAUGCUUUAGGCUUUUGACGCUGUAGCGAGGUGUGUGAGAAAAAAAGAAAAAAAGUGAUGAAUCGCGAUAAAGCUAAAAUCGCUUUAUAAAAUUUUUUGCAUGGCUUAUUCUUGAAAUACGCGCUCGUGAUUCACCUUUAUCGUCAGUUCUUCGGAGUAAUGUACCGAUGUUGUUGCAUACUAAAUACAACAGCUUCACUAAGGCCUA